AUGUUUUUCUCUCGCAUUGCCAUUCUAGCGGCUUUGGCUAGCUAUGCCACCGCUCAAACCUCAACUGAGUGUGACCCGACGAAGAAGGAUUGUCCUGCAGAUCCGGCCUUCGGCACCGAACACACAUGGGACUUCAACACGACCUUGGACGAAAAGCUGUGGAACAUGGCCACCGGCACCUACGAUUACGAAGACGAUGGAGCUAAGUUCACCCUCUCCAAGGAGGGAGAGUCUACUCUUCUUCAGUCCAACUUCUAUAUCUUCUUCGGAGUCGUCGAAGCCCACGUCAAGAUGGCCAAGGGCGGAGGCCUGGUCAGCAGUGUGGUCUUGGAAUCCGACGAUCUCGAUGAGAUCGAUUGGGAAUGGGUAGGAUACAACACUAGCCAGGUGCAGUCCAACUUCUUUGGCAAGGGUAACGAUACUACCUUCGAUCGCGGUGGAUUCCACGACGUGCCGAACGCAGACACAGAGUUCCACAACUACACCACAUACUGGGACCAGGAUAGACUUCAGUGGUGGAUUGACGGCCAGAUGGUUCGCGAACUCCUAUAUACCGACCCGAAAGCAUUGUACGGCGAAAACUACCCGCAGACCCCCUGCCGUGUGCAAUUCAGUCUCUGGCCCGCUGGUCAGAAGAGUGCGGCAAAGGGUACUAUCGAGUGGGCUGGUGGUCUUGUCGACUGGAAUGCUGCCCCGUUCAGUAUGACUCUUGGCAAGCUGCGUGUUAAGGAUUUCCACUCUGGCAAGGAGUACAGCUACGGAGACCGCACAGGUUCCUGGCAGAGCAUCAAGGUGUUAGAAGGAAACUCGACCGCACUGGAAGAACUGAACAAGCCCGAGGAAAAGUCUCUGUCCGAGAAGUGGGAUGAUCUCGGCCAGGGAGCCCACAUUGGAAUCUACAUUGGUGCUGCCGUUGCUGCCGCGAUUGCCAUCGCAGCCUUCCUCUUCUUCUGCCUGCGCCAGCGCCGCAAGGGCCGUCUCGAGAACGCCCUGGGCAACAACCCGACUCCUCUUAGCCGUGAUGAGAUGCAGAAUUUCCAGAGGGACUGGAGACAGAGCGAGUGGAAGCAGCACAAUGGUUACCAGCAGGUCAGCAACUAG